UCAGUGCUUAGAUGCAUAGUGACACAAAUAUUUAUUCCAUUCUAUGGACUUGUCAUUACGUAAUCGUCGUUUUAAAUUCUGUCACCUGUGCGUUAAGAAUUAAAUUUAGUGUGUAAUUCCUUUUCUGACAAUUUCUUGGAGGUAGCUACGUAUGCAACUCGCAGAGCGUUGUACUUCGCUUCGAGUAAAGCAUUCGUAGACGUAGCACGACUUUUGAUAUUUUUAAUCGAUUCGAAUUGCAUGUGAUUUAAUCGUUCCGGCUGACAAGUGUUUCGAUUAACUGCAAAAUUGGGGCAUUUAACACGUUUAAUCGUAGAACAUUCAACGUUCUAAACAUAGUGCGCCACAUCUGUACAGGCGCACAUAUGUUGCAACAGAUCCUCUGAACUGAAUAUGAAAAGAAUGAGAUGUUAGACUGUCCGAAAUAAAUAUCGAACGAGGGAUAGAAAGAAUAAAGGAAGAAUAUCUGUGCUCAAAUAAGAACGUAAAAUGUUCGAAUCUCCAAAAAGCCUCCUCGAGGUUUGCAUCGACUUCAUUUGCAAUAAUGUUUUGAGCUUGUGCGAAUUGUACCUCGACGACACCGAGGAACAUUCCCCUAAUUCGUUAGGCACAGCUGUUUGUGGUAGAGCAUCCAGUGAUGGAUCGUCGAGUUUAGCAACGAGACUUAGUUUUAGGUAUCCGGAUGCUUUUUUACCUGCUGAAAUCUCUGAACAGUUGUUGUCUAAUCUCUGUGAAAAGAAAACUUUAUCAGACUUGACGAUUACGCUGUUUGAUUCAAAAUCCACCAGGUUAAGACACGUGAGAUUAAAGGAUGCAUCGGCAUUAUCAGCAAAAGGCUUGAAAGUAUUAAAACAACACAAAGUUGUAGAUUUGACAGUGAAUGGAUUGAAGAUAACAGUGAACGAUCUAAUAAGCUGUUUGGGUGAUUGGAGUUUGCAAAAUCUAAGAUCGUUGAGCGUGGCAAAAGGAAGUUUUAUGGAUUGUUCACGGUAUUGCAUGGUAGUAACGUUAAGCAAGUUGAGGUCACUGCAUACCUUGAACGUAUCAGGAACAGAAUUUAAUAAACAUGGUCUGGAGAUAGUUGUCGAGGAUCUUCCUUUACUAGAAAGUUUAGAUAUAUCCUGUACAAAAGUUGAUGACAUAACACCAUUGAAAAAGUGUAAAAAUCGUCUGAAGACGCUGAACAUGUACAAUCUGAAGAUAAACGAAAGUGCAGAUUUGAUCUCAGUAUUACUGGAAUUGAAUGAACUAAGAAAUUUAGAUAUUUCGGACGAGAAGAAUACACACGCGCUUAACUCCGUAUUGGGGCCUGAGAAACAAAAAGUCACAGACUUCUUAAAAGCUGUGGAUUGCAUGCCAUAUCUAACUAAUUUAGAUAUAUCUGGUAAAGGUGAUAUAGAUCCAAAAGACUUAAGAGAAUUUAUUAAAGCUCACCCACAUUUAAGGUUUUUGGGGCUCGUAAGUACAGAUGCUUGUUACCACGACGUUUUAACAAAUCCUUCAGAUGAAGAUUACAGACCCGAACUUGUCGUCACUGGUACGGCAACAGAGGCACAAAUUUUGGAAGGUCUCAGAAGGUAUACAUCCAGACCACUUUAUCUUGAGAAAUGUUUAUUUAAUUUAUUCCGUUUAACACACAACUUUCUUGAAUCACGGAUCGAUGUAAUAAAGUUAGUAUUGCCUGCAAUGAGAGAACAUCCACAGGAAGUUCGCGUACAAGUGCCAUGCACUGCAUGCCUUUAUAAUCUCACUAAAGCUGAAUUUUCCAUCAUGAUACACCCGUCGAUACUUAAACAAAUCGUUGAAUUGACAAUGACGGCGAUGGAAGUGUAUUCGACUAAUUAUCGACUUCAGAUGAAUACAUUAUUAAUCUUGUGCAGCGACAGAAUCUUGCAGGAGAUCACGUUCGACAAAUACAGAUGCGCAAGACUAGUGCUGAACUCUUUAUUAGCUUUCAACGAGCCGUCGAUGAAUCGCAUGUCCGUUGCCAUUUGCUCUAUCUUAGCAGCAAAGAUUUCGACAGUAGAAACGUCUAUGCUCGGUGCUCAGCCCCGAUACAUGUCUAAACUGCUGGCUAUGGUUUGGUCGAAAGUCGAGUCGAAAUCGGGAGACAUAACGAUGAAAUUCACGUUGAGCGCGUUGUGGAAUUUAACCGACGAGAGCGCGACGACGUGCAAGGUCUUUUUAGACGAAGGCGGAUUGGAGUUGUUCCUUAAAGUGUUAGAAAGUUUCCAAGGACAGUACAGCGUCGAGACUAAAGUGCUCGGCUCGUUGAACAAUAUAGCAGAGGUGGUUCAUUUAAGACCAAGACUAAUGCAACCUAGAUUCAUCUCUAUGCUUUCUCUGUUGCUAGCAUCUAUACACAUUGAUGUAUCUUAUUUCGCAGCAGGUAUUGCUGCACAUUUGCUUAGCGAUGGUCCAUCUGCAUGGACAAUAUCCUCAAUACCAAGUAGAGAUGAAUUAUUAGAACAAUUAGCUUACACUAUAACAAAUUGGCAAGCACCUCAAGGGGAAAUGGUUGCAUACAGAAGCUUCCACCCGUUCUCUCCGCUUCUGCGUUGUUCAGAUGCGUACCCUGUUCAAUUAUGGGCAGUUUGGGCGAUACAUCACGUGUGCACGAAGAAUCCAAUACGUUAUUGCAGUAUGUUGAUUAAAGAGGGAAACGUAGAGAUAUUAAAGCAAUUGGCAAAUACUCCCACGGAAAAUACGACAACGCCGAACAUACAGAGUUUAUGCCGAUCGAUCCUUGAAACGCUUGAAUCAAAUUCUUAAUGAUCGCUAUUGCCUUCCAAAUACAAAAUUCGCGUACCAUCAAGUUGGUAUACUAGUCAAUGUUUAUUUCAAUGCAAUCUCGUAUCCUGUUCUUUAGACCAAAUAAUUAAAACUAUUACGCGAACAAGGAUAUCUAUCAAAAGUGAAAGGACUGUGAAGUGAAACAAGUCCAGGAUGUUACGAUUCGAACCCGUAGAUUUAAAUUGAGGACCUGAAUUGUGAGAGACGGUGUCUGUGUAACAUACAGGACAUUGUAUAUACAUUCAUUUCACAGAGUAGUGCGAGUAGCAUUUAAACCCGUUACACCCCGUUCCAAUGCUGUUAUUAUCUCCCUCAAUUGUUAACUGCAUUACAUUCGAAGUAUCACUUCGUAAAUGUACUUGAAAGUGAAUGAAAUUGUACAAAAAUGAUAAUUAAGUUAUAAUAUUUGAAGGAUCGUCAUAAAUCGUAUUGCUUAAUAUGUAAGGUUUCAGUCUAUAAAAGUGAAUAGUUGCUACGUACAAAACAUUGCUAUGAUUUACUGGUUUCUUUUAAAUUAGGUGUCUAUCGUUCCUCUUGGGGCUUAAAGGAGAUAAUGUUACACGUGUUAUCUACAAACGAGCAGAAUGGUAAUUAUAGUAAGAUCUUAGAGACGCGGCUAUGCUGAAUUUGUUUUACCUAGCUGUUUUAAAAUGUAGUGAUUAUUUGUUACUUGUGAAUUCAGGUCUUCAAUUUUCUCUGUUACACUCUCUACUCACGACGUGCAUUUCCAUGCCUUCAGAGAUAUAAAAGAGAUAAAAAUUUCUAAUAGAACAAUAUAACGAUAUUCUGGUUAUGUCUGUUAUCGAAAUAUUAAUUUGUAUGGACAAAAUUUAUCGUCCUAAUAAUAUUAACUGAAGUGUAAAAAUGUCGAUUUAAAUGCUGCUAAAUGUUAAUAAACGCAAAUCACUAAUCCCUUAA